ACGAUAGACAGGAGUGGGCGGAGAACUGUUGCGUGCAAUUGUGUAUAAUAUGUUUGGCAACCUACAAAUUUUAAAAUACUCGCCAAUAUUAGCAGCAUUGGUUACCUACGAUUGUAGGCUUUCAAUUGUUUUUUAUAUUCUCUGACUGUGAACCAUAGGAAAGUCAUACUGUCAUGAUCUAUGGAGUGUAAUUGCGGGUGACAGCUGAAUGAAUUCCAGUUACUGUGCAGUACUGUGAGAAAGAGGAAGUUGCGCUCCAGUUGAAGUGAAUUGUAAUCAUUGUUUGGUUAUGUUUGCGUAGCAGAGAAAGAACUAAUGCACCAAAUAUUCUUGUGUCGAGGAAAAUAACUAUAAUUGGUUAAUAAAUCGAUUCAUAAAGUGCUGAGAAGUAAAAUUACAAACAAACUGUCGUUUGGUAGAGCAAAAAUUUAGUUUGUUACUCGUAAUUGAAGCGGAGACGUUAAAUUUUGUUUAUUUUUUCCUGCAGUUUACAUUAAAACAGUUGGUUAAAUGGUGAAAAUGACACCACUAGAUGAGGGAAAAAUAAGGCAAGGUUUAGCAAAGUAUCAGAAUCCAGAGACAACCAAAAAGCAUGUUCAGAUAGUUCUGAGUCUUUACAAAGGUUUAAUGUCUACAGUUGAACCAUUUGUGUUCAAUGAUGGUUCACGUAAAGAUUUAUUGAACUUGCGAGGGACAAUACCAGUCUCUUACAAAGGCACAUGUUACAACAUUCCUGUAUGUAUAUGGCUUAUGGAUACGCAUCCUAACAAUGCACCUAUGUGCUAUGUUAAACCUACAGCUGAUAUGGCUAUUAGAAUCAGCGAAUUUGUUGACCACAAUGGAAAAAUUUAUUUGCCUUACCUACACGAUUGGCUGCCACAUUCAUCUGAUUUGAUUAGUUUAAUUCAAAUAAUGGUUGUAACUUUUGGAGAUAAACCACCUGUAUAUACUAAGUCGAAAAAAGACGUUAUACCAAGUUCUACUCCAUAUCCUGUGCAACCUUUCAUGCCUAUGCCUGGAAGUGCUGGUCAUGUGCCUGGCCAGUCUGACUUUCAAUAUCUACCAAACUCUCAGUAUCCAGGUGGGAAUAAUGUGUAUCCUCCAUACAUGCCUACUCCAUCCUCUGGAUACUCAUUUCCAGGGUAUGGGUCUUAUGGUGGGACUGCUUCAAAUUAUCCAGCACAAGGCUAUGGUUCUUAUCCAUACCCACCAAUAACUCAACCUUCUGCUGUAGUACCUGGUACUGCUGGUGGGUCAGGUACAAUAACAGAAGAGCAUAUCAGAGCAUCUCUAUUGUCAGCUGUAGAGGAUAAGUUAAAACGAAGACUCAAAGAACAAUUCUCGCAACUAUUAGCCGAGUUAGAAACAUUACGUCGAACGCAACAGGAACUCACUACCGGAUCCACGCAUCUUAACGAUUUGUUUGACAGAUUAAAGAAAGAGAAAGUUGAACUCGAGAAAAAUAUAACUAUACUUCAAGACAAAGAAGCGGAAUUAGAAAAAGAGAUUGGCAAGUUAUCCGAUAAUCAGUCAAUAGAUGUUGAUGAAGCUGUUACUACGAUUGCACCCCUUUAUAAACAAAUGUUGAAUGCGUUCGCGGAAGAAGCUGCCACGGAAGAUGCAAUAUAUUACCUCGGUGAAGGUUUACGUUGUGGUAUCAUAGAUUUGGAUGCAUUCUUAAAGCAAGUCAGACAACUUUCACGCAGACAGUUCAUGCUUAGAGCGCUCAUGCAACGUUGUCGCCAAAAAGCGGGACUAGCUGGUUAAAUAAUUUGUUUUCGAUUUAUACAACGUUACGCUAUUUAAUAUUUUAUUUUAUUACAAGCGAUGCAUACAGAAAAGAAAUAUAUAAAUGUCAUGAUAAACAGAGGAAAUAUGAAUAUAUUAAAGAGGCAAGAGGAUAUCAUUUUGCAAGUCCAGAGAAUCUUUUGUGUGGAUUGUAUACUAUGCAUCAGCAUAUUUUUUGUUUCAUGUUGUUCACAUUUUGUUCAUAACAAAACAUUGGAUGAAUACAAAACUUUGAUGUGCAAAAUGAAACAAAAAAUAUUAUUCACUUAUAUAUAGAUAUAUGUAAACAGUAAAACAUUUAAGUAUUGUGAAUUAUGUAAGCAGAAUUGUUUAACGAAAUUAUAUUUCUAAAUACAAUAUACUCAGAACAACUGUAAAAAAUCUAUACUUUUAAAUUGAUUUGUUUUUAUAUUAUAAUAGAAUUAUGUACCUCGAAUAGCAAUUUUAGAUAUUAAGACAUACAAAUGCUUAUGUACUGUGUGAUAAAUGUAUAAAUUAAUCACUGCAUUGCACAUUUUAGUAAAAAUACAU